UCAAUAGAAAUGUACUCAAUUAAGGAACCCAGUAACGAAAUAUAUCAAAAAUGCUGUCGCUUAUUCUAGUUGUCCUGGUUCUUUUGAAAACAGCUCGUUGUUUCAUCAUCACAGUGGAUGCUCACGAGACCAUGUGCUUCUACGAUCACGCCAAUGUCAGUGAUAAGGUCACCAUAUCCUUCGAGGUCAUGGAGGGCGGCUUUAAGGAUGUGGGGGUGGAGAUCUCGGGACCAGGAGAUGAUCCCCUCCACCACUCGGAACAGGACACCCAGGGUAGUUUCACCUUCACGGCCAUGAAAGAUGGACCCUACCAACUGUGCUUCGACAACAAGAUGUCCACACUGACCCCAAAAAUCCUGAUGUUCCAGUUCCAUAUAGCCAGGGCCUUGGAGUACUACCAGGAUACCUCGAAUCGGUGGGACGAUGUCAUCGAGCAGGCUACGGUACAAACCAUGAUCAACGAAUUGUCCUCCAAACUGGGGGCCGUCAAGAUGGAACAGGAGUACAUGCACUUUCGCUAUCGCGGUCACUUGGAAGUCAGCGAUAUGGUGGAGCUGAGGGUCUUGGCAUGGUCAAUAUUUGGACCCAUGCUGCUGAUUAUCAUGACCAUCUUGGAGGUGUACUACCUGAAGCAUUUCUUUGAAGUCAGGCGAGUGGUUUAACUUUCGGUUUAUUCGCUACUCAGUAUGAUCAUUGUGUAAUAAAUGUAUUC